AGUGUUGUUGGUGGCCAUUGGCAGUGAGUAUGUGUGGGUGUUUGUAAAUAGGGGUGGACUGAGAAUCUCGACACGGGCGCCUACUCUCACGCCCUCACACACGAGGCGCUCUGCUGACUGCCACUACUCUCACGUCCUCACACACGAGGCGCUCUGCUGUCAGAGCAAGUGACAAGAUAAGGUGAAGAUACGAGAUUGCCUGCACGCAGCCGACGAUUGAAGCUAAAGGUUGAGAGGCGACAGGGACGCGGGAGGCGGGGAGUGGCAUUACUUUGGCAGACGAGAGCCACAUCAGCAGCGGCACAAUACAACGCGGGGCACUACCAUUGCGUGAGGCACUGCACGUAGCGGCGAAGAGCAGCACACACACAACAUGGUGCGGAGAGGAGCUGGGAUGGCGGUGGCGAUGCUGGUGGUGAUGCUGGCGGCUGUGUCACGACGACCCGCGGCGGCAGCCACGGUAGCCAGGAGGUCACGGGAGCCCAGACAAGUGUCCAUGGGCAAUAUUCUAAGCCUUCUGAUGCGGAAUACUGAUGCCAGCGCACCACAGCUCGACACGGCUGAGCUGGGGCGCCUGGCGGGGUACAAGGUGGAGCGACACACGGUGGUCACUGCAGACGGCUACAUCCUCACCCUGCAUCACAUCCCGCCCUACAGCAACCCUGCACGUCGCAUUCCCGUCACCACCAGGAUAAGACGCAGCAGCUAUGACCGACACAGUAACCUGACCUCACCACCCUGGGCGAAGGAGGAACUGAAGAAGGAGGGAGAGAAGGGGAAAAAGACGAAGAUGGAAGAGUUAAAAAAAGACGAAGAUAACAAGGCAGAGGACUUGAGGAACGACAAUGAGGGAGAGGUGGAAGAGGAGCACCACAAUUUGCCUCCUGUCCAUGAUGGGGACUCGAAGGUUGUGUUCCUCCAGCACGGACUUAUGGGUUCAUCUGAUAACUGGAACACCAACACCCAGGAUAAUUCACUAGCCUACCUGCUGUCGGACGCUGGCUACGACGUGUGGAUGGGCAACUUCCGCGGCAACAUUUACUCUCGGCGACACGUGAACUUGACCCACCAAGAUCCACAGUUCUGGAAGUUCAGCUAUGAUGAGAUGGCCAAACAUGACCUGCCUGCCAUGCUGGAGCAUGUGCUGGUGGAGACGGGGGCAGAGAAGGUGGUGUACGUUGGCCACUCUAUGGGGACUACUGUAUUCUUUGCCACCAUGAGCUCAUUGCCUGAGUACUACCAGGACAGGAUUGCCGCCAUGGUGGCCCUCGCACCGGUGGCCACCAUCAAAAGCAUCUCCUCGCCUAUCAAGUACCUUGCCCCGCUCGUCAAUGAGCUCCAUUAUCUGCUGCGCUUCUUUGGAAACGACCAGGAGGUGAUGACCAACCCAAUGCUCAUCUCCCUGUGGGACCCAUACAGGGUGUGCAGAAAUUACCUGCUGUGUGAGAAUAUCCAGUUCAUGAUCACAGGCUUUGAUCCGGCUCGCGCUGAUGAGUCGAUGGUGCCAGUCAUUCUGUCCCACAACCCUGCCGGGUCAUCCACACAAACACUCUUUCACUUUGCCCAAGGCUACACUUCAGGUCGAUUUCAAAAAUUUGAUUUUGGUCUGAGAGAGAACCUCGUAAAUUAUGGCCAAGAACAACCUCCAGAGUACGACAUAUCCAGGAUCAAGGUGCCCAUUACUCUCUUCUGGGCAGACAACGACUGGCUUACCGGGCAGGAGGACAUCAAUAACUUGAGGGAGAAGCUGCCAAACCUUCAGGCAAUCCACAAGGUCUCCAAUCCCAUCUUCAGCCACCUGGACUUUCUCUGGGCCACUGAUGUUCGCUAUCUUGUUUAUGAUAAAAUAUUUGAAAUUUUAGAUAGAACUUUACAUAAAUACUUAUAAAAUAAAUUUUAUAGCUUAAGAAAUUCUAUAUUUAUCAAGCUCUAAAAUAUGAAAUUUUGGAGUGAAAUGAAUUCUCACUAGAAGUGUGCAGUGCAUGCAUGUCUAGAUAUUCAUUUGAUACACCUUAUGGACAGUAGUACUGCUGCAGUACAGCUUGUGGUAUGUAUCUGAGAUGAAUAUCUUUUAGAAUCAAGUUUUAUUCUAAUAAAUUUUCUUAUAUAUAAGAAAAUUUAUUAGGAUAUAUUUAUAUAUUUUUUUAUUUUUUAUUUUUUUUAUAAAGAAAGCUUACAUAUUUAUUGACUAAGCAUGUUAUUUAAUCACUCUUCGUGAUCAAUUUUAUCAGCCACAAUAUUCACCAGAUAAUAAAAAUGGACUAUUUCACCAAAGAUGAAUGCCUGUGCACUUGGGUCUCAGUCAAAAAUUUCAGGCAUUCACAGACCGCAAGACAACUUGCACACAAGCCUGAGGGUCUGAAGUCAACAUUCCUAAAAUAAGUUCAGCCUCAAGAGUUAAGGAUUCCUCUGAAAAUCUUAAGUGACUGUAGAAAAGGAUCAGUCUGAUGGUUUGUGAAUACUAAGAGUUUAUUUUUAAUAAUACGUUUAGAAGAACACACACACAACUAUGCCACUAUGACAUAGUUUUUGGUAUUAUAAAUACUAAGAGAUAAAACACCAGAAAUCUGCAAAAACUUCCUGAGAAUAUUACCAGACCCAAGGUGCCAACACUGGUACACAAUGAAGUAAUACUACCCACUGAAUACUAGAUGACUGUAAUAUGAGUAUACACAAAGUUUUAGUCUGAGAUUUAUGUGCAACAUAACUAGUGGAUAUCACAUAAUAAGAACUAUAAUAUUAACCAAACCACAGGUUUUACUUGCUUCAGAGGCUAACACUACAGGAGACACUGAAUUCACACAGCUCAACUGACCUUGUUACAUUCUUACACAAACUUAUUCUAUAACAUCCCUGAGAGCUCCAUGGGUCUAAUAAGUGACUACAGCUGGCUUUAUUAACAGUGGCACAUUGCCACAGAAAUGGCUCUACCUGGGAUUACUAAGUGAGCACUUGAUUAUAUGACAACCAUUCUGAACCAUGUGUGUGCUGUGCUCAGCAUGCACAUCAGACCACACUCAAGAAUCUGUGAUUGUACAUAAUGUGUAGUACAUAGUACUUGAUUACAUGUAUGUGUGAAGUCGUCAGUAUGCAUGUCCUGUGAAAAGUUAUGCACGUAGUGAGAAUUUUGUUUUAUUGCCAAGAGGCAGGGAUGAGUCAGUACCUAUGGUGUGAUGCAGGCACACACUGAGUGCCAAUAAUAUUAUAUUCUUAGAAUCACCUUGGUUGGGAGCCACAACCUGGCCAAGCAUUGCAGUCAGGUCAGAAGAAAACUCCUAGCAUAUUCCCUGCAGAUCUCAGAAGGGAUGAAGCAAAGACUAGGAAUCUGCUUUCUUCUUACAAUGGGACAAAGCUUGACAACAUGUUUGAGCUGUCCCUCAAUAAGGGGAUCUUAGAUGGGUGAAAAGAUAUAUUUAAUUUAAGUAUGAGAAAAAAGUAAUGCUGAAUGUAGUAGUGACACAGUGUUGUUAUAUGUGACCAAACAUUUCAUAAACUCAAGCUGAAUUAUGUCUGAUAUGUUUUUAUUUUCUUUGUAUUCAAGGUGUUAUGUUGGGUUUAAACAUGGUCUUGGGAUACCUGAGAUGCUAAAUACCAUCCACCUAUUUAUCAAUAUACUAGAAAGGAAAUCCUACAGGGGAUGGCCCAGACAAAGCACCAAAUGCACACGCGCGUGCCGCCCCCCCCAUAUAUAUAUAUAUAUAUAUAUAUAUAUAUAUAUAUAUAUAUAUAUAUAUAUAUAUAUAUAUAUAUAUAUAUAUAUAUAUAUAUAUAUAUAUAUAUAUAUAUAUCAUUGACACUCCAAACCCCAUCAGUCAACAGUGGAAAAUGAUAAUCUCAUGAACCACUUUACUACACAAAUAACCUACAAAUACUGAAUAUUGCAGGAUUCAGAUCUCAUUCCCUUAACAUAAGACCCAAUCUAUGUAGUUCCAAUGAUUCCAAUCACAUGAGUUUGAUGGAAGAGAUGAAGUAAUUUUGUCACAAUGUCCCUGAAUAUGCUUGAGUAAAAGGAAAACUGAUGUUUAAUUUUGAAGUCAGAUGAGAGAUAUUGCUCAUCCAUAAAUGUAAAACAACUAUUGAACUUGAUUCCUAAACACAUUCAUAUAUUCCUGAAAUAAAUCUCAGAGGUUAUGUAUCUGUUUUACUGACAGCAAGAGUUGUUAUUAUCUUCUUCAGUAGUAAUAGGACUAUAAUAUUCAACUGUAACACUUAGCUUUGCUGCUAACUGAUAAAAUGGGCUUCUGUCUAGGGUAGAUGAUGGGAAGUGAUGUAUGCACCCUGACUACUGUUUUAGAACAUCAGAUGAAAGCUCUUACAGGUGAUAUUCAAGAACUAAGGUCAUCCAGCCCUUUGACUACAUUAUGAUUGUGCUUUCAUCUCUGUAUUACAUUAAACGAACAUGUACAACAGUGUGUUAAAUCUCAGUGUAUAUCAUACUAGUUAAGGAAAUUAAUGAGUCUGCAAACACCAGCCAAGUACUGUACUGGGUAUGAACUGAAAUGUAAUUGUCAAAUGUAAUGCAUUUAUAUAGUAAAUUUGUACUGUUUCAUUA